AAUUAAAUUUGGAAAAUCCAUGUUAAAAAAUCACACCAAUCCUGCAUAUAAAGAAACAAUGGAUAAGAUUCGGCAAUUAUACGAUAUUACGUGCGAUCGCAUUAACAGUGAGCGAUUAAUUGAAGAUCAGGACGACUAUGAAUUUAAUAAUGACAUUAUCGGUCGUCCAACAAACAUCAAAAUAAAGGAAGGCUUCAGAAAAAACGAAGGUGGCAUGGAAAAUACGAACACCAUAGGAUAUAAUAUUGGACAUACCAUUGGAUAUACCAUUGGUUGUGCCAUUAGAGAUACAAAGAAAUUAAAAAAGGCCGGAUCUUAUUUUAAGGCCGCAUGGAAGCCAGUGAAGAGAUCAGCACAGAAGUUAUGGAGAAACAUGAAAAAUGGAGAAACUGAUUACAUUCAGUUUGAUUAAUGAUCUCUUUGUCUCCAUCAUUUGAGUCAAGUAUACAUCUGCUUGAUUUGUUCCGAGUACGUCUCGGAUGUAUGAAGUUAUAUUUUAAAAUGUGCAAAAAAAAUACAAG